GAAACAAAAGACGGUCCAGCCGAGAGGACUUCGAACCCCUAUAAGAGCAUCCGAUCUCCUCCGGGGCGUGGAGUCAAACCUCGCUCUCGAUCCCCUUCCUCCUCACGCCAGUUAUUUACGCGAACAAACGCCAAACACCAUGUCAACCACACAGUCUUUGCCACCCCCAGUGACAUGGGCACAGCGAAAAAAUCUCAUCUUCCUAACUAUCUGUGUUGAAGACUGCAAAUCUCCCACCAUUAACAUAGAAGCAGAUAAGGUGUACUUCAAGGGCACAGGAGGCACUGAAAGAAAAGAUUAUGAAUAUACUUACAACUUGUAUAAAGAUAUUGAUACAGAUAAAAGCCGUAGUUUUGUACGAGAUCGCAACAUAGAGCUGAUACUGGUCAAAAAAGAGGAGGGACCUUACUGGCCACACCUGCUUAAGGAGAAAACGAAGCAGCACUGGCUCAAAGUAGAUUUCAGCCGGUGGAAGGACGAAGAUGACAGUGACGACGAGGAGGGCCAGAACCAAGACUUGGAGGAGGUAUGGGACCGUAGCAUUCCCUUCCAGAUGCUGUUGCGGCUUAUUCCACUGAACACUUUUUCCUGUUUAUGCUCCCACUACCACUUCUUGCAAGUGGGUGCAAGUGAUGCGUCGUGCGACGGCGUGGUAGUGGACCAAAUGCUGGGCGUCGACUUAUGCCGACGGUGUCUCGAUAUUCAUAGCAAGGUGCUAAUCGUCCCAGACUCCCAGAGGUUCGCCAAUGUUGGUCACUUACGCUUACACUGUCCUUUAUCACCAAGUGUGGUUUCUUUAAAAGAUUUUUCAAGUUAUAACUUUGAAACCCACACUAUAAAAGAAAAGUAG